CAAAAUCUGCACUGGACUGGAAAAAAUCAUUCCAGAGAAGGUUUUUCUACUCUUCUGGUCCCUGUUCUUUACAGAAUAAGAAAAAGAAGCAAUGCGAUUCAAGUUUUUCCUCUCUGUGUUGCUCAUCAGCCUCCAGGCUGCUGGGACAUGUCAUGUUUCCCCGCAUCGAUUAGGGAAAAGUGGCUCUGAUUUUGCUUUCCGAGGGACUCACAAUGCCAAAGAUGCCUCACUCAACUGCAAAAUAAUAGAAAAAAACACCGACUUUGCAUUCACUCUGUAUAAGCAGUUGGUCUCUCAAGCCCCUGACUUGAAUGUUUUCUUUUCCCCAUUGAGUGUCUCCAUGAUCCUGUCCCUGCUGACCCUUGGGGCCCACUCUACUACCCGCAGUCAGAUCCUUGUGGGUUUGGGUUUCAAUCUCAAGGAAAUCCAGGAGGAUGCAAUCCACAAAUUCUUCCAGAAUCUUAUUCUCAACCUCAACGUGCCUAAUCCUGCACUCCAGCUAAGCAUGGGGAGUGCACUGUUUGUUGAGGAGAGGCUCAGGCUGCUGGAAGAGUUCUCACAAAAUGUGAAGACCAUGUACCUGUCAGAAGCUCUCUCAAUUGACUUCCAAUACCCUGUCAGGGCUCAGAAGCGUAUUAAUGACUACAUAACAGAGCAAAGCCAAAAGAAAAUUGCGGGUUUGGUUAAAGAUGUUGACACCAAAACUAUGAUGAUUCUAGUGAAUUACAUCUUCUUUAAAGCUUCAUGGGAGAGAAAUUUUGAUCCUAAAAGGACUAGAGAAGACAACUUCAUUGUGUCAGAAAAGACAAUGGUGAAGGUUCCCAUGAUGAUCCAUGAAGAUAUACACUAUUACUUCCGGGAUAGGAGCCUCUCCUGUAGUGUGCUGCAAAUAGCUUAUGCAUCAAAUGAGACAGCCUUGUUUGUUCUUCCUGACCAAGGACAGAUGAAACGUGUGGAGGCUGCCCUAACUCAAAAAGUUAUGAAACGGUGGCUCAAGGGACUCAAGAAGAGAGCUAUGGAAUUACAUAUUCCAAAGUUGUACCUUUCUGGCAAGUAUGAGCUGCAGAAGAUACUUCCAGCACUGAAGAUUACAAGUGUCUUCUCUAAAGAGUCUGAUCUCUCUGGCAUCAUUGACCUAAGCAACAAACCCAGCCAUCUGACCCCUCUGAUUUCUCAAAUUGUCCACCAGACUGGAUUCGAGAUGGAUGAGUCAGGCCCACAAUCUCUUAUGACUACCAAGAGCCACAUCAAGAUCAGGAUGUCAACUGCUCGACACCACAUGAUGGAAUUCAACAGAUCUUUUCUGGUUAUGAUCCUUGCUCAACCUAACCAGAGCAUCCUUUUGCUUGGCAAAGUGGUGAACCCCAGGGAAGCAGAAGGGCUAUCUGCUUCCUCUGCAUCUUAAGCCUUUCCUCUACAAUGAAGGGGCAGCCACCUACUCACAUCCACCUCCUGGGGGAAGGGGCAGCAAGGUAGCCUGAGGGUGGAUCAUUGUGUA